UGUAAUCUUGAAGUUUUCCCGGAAGGUUUCUGGUGGCAGAGAAAAAGCUCGAAUCAGUCGCUCCACGAUUCGGUCCAAGUUCGUCCUCUGAUGAAGUUGUUUUAGUCCUCUUACUUAUCUCUACGGAAAUUCGAUUCUUCUUCUUCUUCUCCUUUUUUUUCGGGUUCCAGUUAGGGUUCUUUGAAUAUUUUCGGGACGAAAUUCGAAAGGAAAAAGUUCAAAUUUAAAUUACACAAAAUCCGAAGUGGACUACAAGCUUAAACUCCCUAACAAGCGAGGCCGUGCCGAUUUGUGAGCGAGUGAGUUCCGGUGAUCUGCGAUUUCAAGUUUCCCCUGACGAGUUCUCUGGUACAAGGAAAAAGAUGUCGUCUUCAUAUAACAGUAAUCACUCAGAAGGCGCUAAAGCAGAGCAAAUCAUAACAGAGUUCUUUGCGAAAAGUCUUCACAUAAUUCUUGAAUCAAGAACUCCUUAUAUGUCAUCAAGGAACUUCAGUGGUGAGCAGAUGGUAUUGUCCCCAUCUUCAUCCUCUUCCUCAUCCUCGAGUGUGAGGCCUCGGGAUAAAUGGUUCAAUCUAGCUCUCAGGGAAUGUCCUGCAGCGCUAGAGAAUUUUGAUAUCUGGCGCCAGAGCAAUCUCGAUCCUUUGGUGGUUGAUGUGGUUUUGGUGCAGAGGCCACUUGAUAUCGACCCAAUUAACUUGUCGGGUAAACAGGAGCUUAUGAGGAAUUUCUCGGGGAAAGAUUUGGGGUGUGAAAGCAAGAACGAGAAGAUCAUAGAGAGAUGGAUAGUGCAGUACGAUAAUAGGAAGCUUAGGGAAUGUGGUGCCAGUAGCAGGAGGUCAAGCAACAAUAAGUUGCAAUUAAUGUACAAGAAAGCAAUUCUGCUGCUUAGAUCGUUGUUUACAAUGGUUAGGCUACUACCCGCUUAUAAAAUCUUUCGUGAUCUCAAUUCUUCGGGGCAAAUAUGCAAGUUUAAGCUUGUCCCUAGGGUUCCUUCAAUAGUUGAACCAUUUACUCGUAGGGAAGAGGCUGAAAUGCAGAAGUUUGCUUUCACCCCAGUGGAUACUUCUUGCGGUAGACUUUGCUUGUCGGUGUUAUACCGUUCUCUCUCAGAUGUCAGUUAUGAGCCGGCAACACCUAUGUCUCCGACAUUUAUCCAGGACUAUGUGGGAAGUCCCUUGGCUGACCCAUUAAAGAGGUUUCCCUCGCUUCCUCUUUCACAUGGUUCACCUUCAUCUUUACCCUUUUUACGGCGCCAUAGUUGGAGUUUCGAUCAGUACAAGGCUUCUCCUCCUUCAGUUUCUUUCUCACCAUCGCCGACACAUUCAGAUUCACAUGCAUUGGUUUCAGAUCCUUCUUACCGUCGUACCUUACCUGCCGGUUGCUUGCCUCCCCAUCCAUCUGAAAUACCCACUGGCCAUAGGAAGGACAGCUUCAACGAUGAUUAUACUCCUUGCCCGGAUUUUUCCUCUUCGUCUUCCCCUUCAGCGCCUAUACAUAUCCCGGGGAGUCACCUGCCAAGAGGUAUCACACGUGCUGAAAGCGCUCCUGUCAGGAUUCCUGCUGCUAAGCUCAUCAGUUCUCCUAGUUUUCCUUCCAAACAGAAUAUUCCCCCUUCUUCUCCUAUGAAAUUGUCGAGACAUUGCUCUUUGAAGCCUGGUCGAAACUCUGUCCCCGCUGAAUCUGGAGCAACGAUUGAUAAGCUCUUUCUCUUGGGGCAACGAGAUGACCCUCGAAGGCAUUCUGGGGUGAGGUUAUCGUCCAACAGCUCACCGCAGAUAUCGUUUUCUCGGAGUUCCAGUAGGUCUUUGCCUGAUGAUUUCGAUGAUCCUGAUUUUCCUUGCCCAUUUGAUGUGGAAUAUGAUGAUAUCACAGACCCGACAAGCAGACCCGAAUCUUUCGAGCAGAGAGGAGAUACUCCCGAGCAACUCGAGACAAAUGGGUUCUUCCCGAUGAAGAAGUCACAAGAUGCAGCAGUCGGAGCCCUCGUGAGGAUGCUGAAAAAAGCUCCACCACUCAGGCAAGACUAUUUCAGUGCAUCAGUGAACUGCAAUAUUAAUCUCUGUGAACCACGGAUACCCGAGAAUAGUAAUGCUUCGGGACGGGUACCCGAGAAAGCGGUAACGGCGGCAGCCUCGGGGAUUGUCGGGGCAUCAAAGACGACGGCGGAUGCAUUGGAAGAGCUUAGGUGUUACAAAGAGAUGAAGAACUUGUUGCUUAGCCAAAGUGGAAUCCCUUCUUCUUCUUCUUCUUCACAGCAGCGACCUUCUUCAAGUGUUGGUGUUUCGGAAUCUUGACAGAUUCCUGCAAGAGGCUUUGGACAUACAAAUUAUGUUUCAAUUUUGGGCUUUUGGUUUUGGUUUUUAAAUGCUUUUGCUCUUUGGCUAUGUAUAUAAUGUGAGCUUUUGCUCUUUGGAUGAUAUAUUUGGUUGGGUUUUGGAUGUACAUAAUGUGUUAUAUUAAUUUCCCACGGAUCUUACGUUAA